UAAACAGCUGGACCAAUGGAUGACACGUAACGGAGAAGGUGACGGGGAAUUGGUCACGGAAAAAUCCGGACUCGUAAAACCCUCUCACUCUGUUGCACGCCUCCCGAUAAAACCCCUAAAUCUUUUCCUUUUAUAUCUCCACCGCUUCCAUCUCCCAAGAAUCUCUGGUCACCGACCUCAUCGGCGAUCUCGAGUUCUUCGUGGUAUGACCUAAUAGUUCGAUCGGCAAAUUGGAUAUUACGAUAUUUUGCACAGGAAAAAGUUUGAGUAGAUUUUACGAAGCGAAUUGAGCAUGCCAUUAGCCUACAGAAUCAGGGGAUAAUGAGGUUGCUGAGGAAGUUGCAAGUUACAUUUUCUUUGGCAUGCCAAAAAAUUCUCUCAGGCUUGAAGUUAUAUUUCAUAAGGAUCUCUACAGUUGUGACUGUACCAUAAAGUCUCAGGGAUUUGCAAGAAGUCUAUAGGAUCUGGUUUUGUCUUGUGUUAGAUUGCUUCUUCCAUAGCAAUGGCUUUGUCUAUGCUAUCCACUAGUGCUGUGCAUAAUGGCAUGCUUUUCCUGAAACCUUCUCCAAGUUUUUUAAGCAAAGGCCAUAUGAGAAGUUGUCAAGAGUCUAUAUUUGCUGAUCCAAAUCAUGCUGUCAACGGACCACUCUUUGUCAACUUAUGUGCCACUUCCACUGAUCCGCAACAUGAUGCAUUCUCUGCUACAAGUGCCUUACAACCAGAUCAUAUGAGAAAAUUGCUACUGAGAAGUCACGGUCGAUGCUGUUCUGUUGACACCAACAAGUCAUCGGUUUCGAUUGGAAACAAGUUUCAGCUUGACGAUAUUAUUGAGUCUCAACAGUUUGACAGGGAUAUACUGAAUGAUAUAUUUGAAGUGGUGCUUGAAAUGGAAAGGAUUGAGAAGAACUCAUCUAGGAGAAAGAUAUUGAGGGGCUAUCUGAUGGCUACUCUAUUUUAUGAACCAUCAACACGGACUAGACUUUCCUUUGAAUCUGCCAUGAAACGGUUGGGUGGAGAAGUUCUGACAACAGAAAAUGCUCGAGAAUUUUCUUCAGCAGCUAAAGGGGAAACUCUUGAAGAUACUAUAAGAACUGUUGAAGGUUAUGCAGAUAUAAUUGUAUUGAGACACUUUGAAAGUGGAGCUGCUAGAAGAGCAGCUUCUACAGCUAGCAUUCCUAUAAUAAAUGCUGGUGAUGGUCCUGGACAGCACCCAACUCAGGCUUUAUUGGACGUGUACACAAUCAAAAGAGAAAUAGGCAGACUGGAUGGAAUCACGCUUGGGUUGGUUGGAGAUCUUGCAAAUGGGAGGACUGUUAGAUCACUGGCUUAUCUAAUUGCCAAGUACCAAAACAUAAAGAUAUACUUUGUCUCACCCGACGUUGUAAAGAUGAAGGAUGAUAUAAAAGACUACUUGACAUCCAUGGGUGUUGGAUGGGAAGAAAGCACUGAUCUAUUGGAAGUGGCUUCAAAGUGCGAUGUUGUUUAUCAGACACGUAUACAACGAGAGAGAUUUGGUGAGAGGAUAGACCUAUAUGAAGCUGCUCGUGGGAAGUACAUAGUGGAUGGAAAGGUACUGGAUGUGGUGCCGAAGCAUGCUGUUAUCAUGCAUCCUCUUCCAAGGCUCGAUGAGAUAACAGUGGAUGUGGAUAGUGACCCCAGAGCUGCAUAUUUUAGACAAGCCAAGAAUGGCCUCUAUAUUCGGAUGGCCUUACUGAAGCUUCUACUUCUUGGCUGGUGAUGGCAUUCUACCUGAUUAAUUAUGACGGUUCUUCCAUUUUCAAAAAAAAAUUUUGUUUGCUAGUGUGUGAUCAUUCUACUAAUGGGGUUCCCGUCUCCAAUUUUUCCAGUUUCUAGUUAUCUAAAGGCCAUCUAAUGUCGGUCAUCAGGUUGAUAAUAAUUUUUGCUGAAUGGUUAUUAUAAGCUGUAUAGCCCUGCUUAAUCCAGCACUCUUGCCAAAUUUUUGCA